AUGGCCGCCUCCGCGAGGCCCUCCGUGCUCGUGCUCGGUGGCACGCAGUUCAUCGGCCGCGCCUCGGUGGCCGCGCUCCUCUCCGACGGCGGCUACGACGUCACCCUCCUCAACCGCGGGAGGAGCCGGCCCAAUCCGUUCGAGGGCCGCGUCGCCACGCUGAAGGCGGAUCGCACAGACGCGGCGGCGGUGGAGGCGGCGCUCGCGUCGCGGCGGUGGGACGCGGUGAUCGACUUCAUCGCCUUUGCGCCGGCGGACCUCGCUCCCAUCGUGUCGCGGCGCGAGUCGAUCGGGCUCUACGUCGUCAUCUCGACCGAUUCGGUGUACAUGGCGUGCGACCCGGGCAGCUUCUCGCGGGGCGCGGCUGGCGGGCUGCUGGAGGAGUCGAGCGGCGGCGCGAUCGACGUGGCGCGCGCCGCCGACGACCGGUACGGCGAGGGCAAGCUGCUGCUCGAGCGCGCGCUGGCGGAGAGCGGGCUGCGGUACGUGGCGCUGCGGCUGCCGGACGUGCUCGGGAGGCACGAGAACACGGGCCGGCAGCACAGCCUGAUCACGCGGCUCAUCAAGGGCAAGGCGGUGUCGGUGGUGUUUGCGGAGGACGUCGCGACGGCGGUGGCUGCGGUGCUCGCCCGAGGGGAGGCGGUGAGCUGGCGGCGGCUGGUGGCCGGGCUGGCGGACGCCUUGCGGAACCAGGGCGUCUCUGUGCCGCCGCCGACCUUUGACCCGGAGGCGUCGACUCGCUUCCUCUCGGUCGACUUUGGCCACCUCGACGGGGGGGCGGCGGAGCGGGCGCUGCCUGGUUGGGCGGCGGCGCCGCUGGCGCAGAGGCUGGAGGAGACCGCGGCGUGGUGGGGCCUGAGGACAUUCGUGCACAAAGCAGAUACCAGACCGGCCUCGCUGGGCCAGAACAUCGGCCCCGAGUGCUCCGCAGCAGCCUUGCUGGGCCAGAACGUCGGCCCGCGAGGUGGGGUGCUAGUCUGA